AUGCAAGGAUCAAAACUCCCAACACAGGAAUAUCAGACACUUGGAAGUGUAUUGAGAAAGCUCAAACGUAAUUUCUAGCCAGAAGAAGCUCCUUCAAGCGUCCAUUCUUCCUGCUCUUCUUCAAUAGCCUCCUCUAAAGCUCUUAGAGAAGAAACCUAUGAGCAGCUUCACGAUCUUUAUACUUUAUUUGAUGCUGGCAGAAUCUCACGUUCUCAAUAUGUGGAAGAUCUUAAAGAAGAUUUCAGCGUCAAUAUUACUCCAGCUUUUAAUAAAGUGCUUGAUGAUAACAAUAGGUCUUAUCAUUCUGUCCUAAAAAGCCUUGGGUAUUCUUCAAGAAAAAUCAUCCCAAAUAACAUUGACUACUACAACAACCCUCAUGUAGGAAAAACCUUUAGGUCGACUGAUUUAACAACUGUUCAUGAAACUAACACAACGCCAUUUCAGCAAGAAUUGUAUGGAAAAAUCGGGCGAUAUGUUAAUGGCGAAGUUACCAAAGACGAAUUCGGGACUUUUUUAAGAGAAAAAGGAGUUCCUAUAACAGAUGAAGUAAUUGCUAGUUAGGUGCAAAGAGUUAUGAGAGAAAGCGAAGUCAAGAAUGGAGCUUCCUAUCAGAGAUUAGGAAAAGCCAUUUCAAAUGCAUUGAGGUCUCAAAGUGCGUCAGCCAAUUUAAAUCAUCCCUUAAAUCAGCCACCUUCAAUUAAUCCAACCACAAAAGGUGUCAGAAGAAGGGCUAAUAAAGAAUUGCUAAAACAAGAGCUUGACACUGUUGUCACUGGAGUCGUGCUGAACCAUAGAAAAAAAGUGGAGCCACAGGUAAAAAAUAAUGGAAACCCACUCACAUGGGAGUCUCCACCAGAAGAAAAAAACAUUGCAAGGAUAAAACACAGUCAGCAGCUUUCACAUACAGACAUUUUUACAUGGGGCUAA